AUGGCAGCUGCCAUCGCCAUGCUUGAUGAGAAACACUCGGACCUGCCAUCGAGCCCCGGGGACUAUAAUACCUACGUUCUAGGCUGCAUAGGAGCGCACAACGUGGUUAUCGCUUGUCUACCGACUGGGAUAUAUGGCACAGCUUCGGCAGCGGUGGUGGCUGCCAAUAUGCGUUUGACAUACCCUUUUGUUCAGGUCGGAUUAAUGGUUGGAAUCGGAGGUGGAGUGCCUAACUCGCAGUCUGACAUUCGGCUUGGGGAUGUCGUGGUGAGCAAACCGACUAGAGACUCUGGGGGAGUGGUGCAGUAUGAUUUUGGCAAAACGGUUGCCGGUGGGAAAUUUGAACGGACGGGGUCGCUGAAUAAACCCCCGUAUGCUGUCUUGACGGCAAUGUCCCGAUUACAAGCGCAGUAUCAACUACACCAAGGCCAAAUAUCGGAAAUCCUUUCCGAUAUAACCGCCAAGUACCAAGUUGCGGGCACAGAAUUUGGAUACCCAGGCGAGGACCAAGACCAACUAUUCGAGACUGAGUAUGAUCAUCCCCUAUCAGAGGAGACAUGUGAGCACUGUGAUAAACUCGUCGCCCGAUCUCCUCGAGACUCACAGACCCCACGCAUUCAUUAUGGCCUGAUCGCAUCAGGAAAUCAGGUCAUGAAACAUGGCGCUACUCGAGAUAGAUUGGCUCGUCAAUACGAUUUUCUAUGCUUUGAGAUGGAGGCUGCAGGACUUCUCGACCAUUUUCCCUGUGCAGUCAUUCGAGGGAUCUGUGACUACGCUGAUUCGCACAAGAACAAGCAGUGGCAGCCCUAUGCUGCUCUUACGGCUGCGGCUUACACCAGGGAGCUUCUUACCAUCAUGCCUGCGGGUGGGUGGCAAACUGCGCAAUCGAUCAGUCUUCAAAGGGUUGAGUCUAUUGAGCCAGAAUUCUCCUUGGUUUCGGCCCGGCAAAGUGAUAGUGAGAAAGUGAUUCGAAAGAAUCUUUCGAGCUAUGAUCACGAAAAAGUUCAUCGAAGACUAUCGCACAAGCGCCUUACAAACACUACGCAAUGGUUUACGAAACACCCUUACUUUCAAGCCUGGUUUAUCGAGAGCCAAUUUCAGUAUUUGUGGUGUACUGGGAAAAUUGGCUCGGGGAAGACAAUCAUAGCUACUUCUGUCGUCGACCAUGCCCGGAGUGGACCCAAGGAGCUUCAGGCUCCGACGGUAUUCUUUUACUGCGAACCUGACAGACCCCAAUUUCUCCAUGCGUCGUUUAUCCUCACUAGUUUUAUCAACCAGCUGUAUCAUUUGCUAGGCGUCUAUGGAGUGCCUCGGGGCUUUGAUGGAGUCAAGAGAAUGAUCGAAACCUUCUUUGGUCCUGAUCGGACGGAACCUGACUUUGAGGACUUGGCCGAUAUCUUUCUGAAAAUAGCUCAACCCAUAGAAGCAGCCAUUUACAUACUGGAUGGGCUUGAUUCCCUCACCGAACACGAUAUAAAACGACUGCUCAAGCUCUUUCGCUCUUUACGAGACCAUGGUCGAUCAUCAGCACGGUUCUUGCUCUUCAGUAGGAGGUAUCUCCCUGGCAAUGUCGAUAUAACUACAGCUAUGCCAGGAGUGCGUCAAAUAUCAACGUCUCGCAAUGUCGCUCAUGAUAUACGAACUUACAUUGACGAAAGUAUCGAUGAGAAAAGAAUGUACAAGAGACUUACGGAUAGUGCCGAAGUCCUGUGUGAUAUCAAAAGCAAACUCCAAGCAGAAUCAUCCGAGGUGUUCUUAUGGGUUUAUCUCCAACUGGAGAUACUAUGGGAAACUUGUGAGACAGACCAAGAAAUACGAUCAGCGUUAGGCAACUUGCCACCAGGUCUUGAGGAAACAUACCACCGCUGCCUCCAGCGUAUAAACUUUGCCGACGUGCGUGUAGUGAAGGUGCUUAAAUGGGUCAGUUUUGGGUCACGGCCUCUUCUUGUCGAGGAGCUGAGAGAAGCGACUGCUUUCAGCAUUCACGAUGAAGAGUGGGACGCUGAGCGAAUCCCCAACAAAAACUUCAUCGUCGGUUGCUGCGCGAACUUGGUUGUUGAAGACCCAGUAGAUACUUCGGUUCGUUUCGCCCAUCCGUCUGUGGGUCAAUACAUUCGAAAACAUAGCGAUGGGUUUCCUUCAUGGCCUAAGACUCCAGAGAAGGGCCAACUCGAAUGCGGAGAGUUCUGUGUCUCAUACCUUGCUUUCUCUGACUUUUGUCUCCAGCUGGAGAGGCAGAGAAUGCAAUUGAUAACCGCAAAGAUUCCAGACCCUAGGUCGAUGGCUCGCGAAACCACGCUGCCGUCUAGGGUUGGAAUUGGGAAGCUCUUCUCUUGGAGGCUGGGCAAAAAGCAGCUCGAACCUGUCAACCUGCCUCUUAUUAUCCGCACAAAAUCUACUCCUUGCCGCGCACAAUACAAAUUUCUCGACUACGCUACUGCCAAUUGGGCUCUACACACCAAGGAUAUCGCGCCGACAUCGCCGGUUUGGGAUAAGUUCAAUCAAAUCGCGUUGACUUUCAAUGACACCUGGGACUUCCACCCGUGGAUUAAAGGCGGGCGUUCACUGAGCUCCCAAGUCCAUGCCCUUUUUGGAUACGCAGUAAGGGAACACCAUAUGCCUCUACUGAGGAUUGCUGUGGAAGCAGGGUCGGAAGUAUUCCAUGUCAACGACCUACCGCUACUCGGUGAAGGAAUACCUGCUCUGCAUGUUGCAGCAAAGUUAGGAUACGUCUCCGCAGUCCAGACGUUACUAGAAAUUUGCCCCGUCAAUGGGCUCGACAGUGAUGGACGAACGGCUCUACAUCACGCAGCAGAAACAGGGAAUAUCGAAGUCGUACGGCUGCUCGCUAACACUAAAGGGGUCAAAGUCGACAUUCGAUCCGAAACCUACCAUACGCCAUUAUGGAACGCAGUUCAAGGAGGCCAUGUCCGCAUAGCGUCCAUUCUUCUUGACAAAGGCGCUAAUGCAGUAGUGGCACCAAUUUUUUCUCCUCACAGCAGUUGA